AUGACUAAUAUGGCGGAUAAGAGUACCACUAAACUGAAAAGAGAAAGAAACAAAGAAAAACAGGAGGGGAGGAAAAGAAAACGCAGUGAGAAUGACGAUGUCGAGAGAGCCAAACACUAUGAAACAUUGUAAGGUUAUGGUUAUUUCACUUUAUUUUAAUACCCGGCUACAUCAGGGUGAUACGUCAGCUCUUUGUCGCGGUCCUUUGACUGUUUGUUGCUGACAAAGUUAACGUGGUACUGUCUUAAUUUUCCAGCUAUGAAAAGCCUCCUCCUGGGAUUGUAAAGGUCAGUGGAAAAUUGCAGUAUUUCAUGAGUUGGACAAGUGUUAAGGGUUUCAGAAGUAUGAGAGUAGUUAGUACAGUAUUGUCAAAGUACAACUGAAGAGGCCCUGAUGUGAAAAGGCGCCAUGUCCCCUCUACUAACGAACAUGGUAAACUUUACUGGGUAAAUUUUAUCAAUUUUAGCUCUACGCUAGAGAAGGACUUUUUUAAAUUUGCUCAAUAGGUAUAAUAUUCCUUUAAAAUUUGCUGCUAAUCCUCUUAGAUGACUGUCGAUUAUGGGACUUAUUUAUGAGGACUCUUCUCCUAUGGCUGACAAAUAUUUAGUUUGUUCAGGACAGUUGGUGACAAUUGGGAAGUAGAAGAAUUUUUGUGUUGAAGCGUUUCAAAGUAAUUUUUGUUUUUUAGGAAGAAGAGGAGCUUCCAGAGGAUUGCAUUCCAGAUUUACCUGAAAACAAGGAUGCACGAGAAUUUCUUGCCCAUGCUCCAAGUAAAGGACUAUGGAUGCCACUUGGAAAGGAAGUAAAAGUGAUGAAAUGUAAGAUGAGCCUAGUUUUCCCUGCUCUUUGACAAAGUUCAUAUCAAAGAAUUUGAUUCACAGACUCAAGAAAUUAGAUUAAAUUAGAGUUGGGUCCUGCAGUUCUCUGGGUCGUUAUAUUUGACUCUUUAUAUGGCAGACAAUGUUCUAAGAUAGGCCCUUAAAGUUGGUUGCUAAGGUUAAGUCAGGGAAACCCCCCAGGUCUUGAAAUAAUGGGACAAUGUCUGGUCAAAAGUAAGCUUUGUCUGGUCCUUUACUCCUCUAAUGGACCAAAAAUUAGUUUUAUAGUGAUAUGUCUUAAUAUGUACUUGUAAUUGCCUGGUCAAAAACGGGUUGUGUCUGAGCAAAACAGGUUUGACCGAAACAGGUUGACCGGCGCCAGCUGCAAAACUAUUUCAAGCUCUGAACCCCUAAGUUUAAUUACCAGUAUUUACUGAACUCAGCUUACUUCGUGUAGGUUGGCGCUGUAAAGCUUAUGGUCACAGAACAGGAGAUAGGGAGUGCCCCUUGUUCAUUAGUGGGAAUAGGAAUAUUGAAAAAUUUAGGAUGGUAAGUGGCCAGGUAUACAUGUAGUCAGUGUAUUGGUAGUUUAAAUGGUAGCCUGCGAAAACAGACUCAGUGACAAAAAUUCCAUACUGUAGGGUUAGAGCUAGGAUUUGAUCACUGGGGGACAAUUUGUCCCCUUGGCUAAAAUUUUGGGGGACAUUUCCAUUUUCAGGGGGACAAAAAUUUGUACACCCUUCUGCUGAUGUAAAGGGGCUUGUCUUCUUAGCAGUGCUUCUGAUAGGUCUCGGAAGAAAAAGUCAAAUUUCGCGGGAUUGUAGGGAGAAAUUCGCGGAAAAAUCGGCCGAUUUCGCGGGAAUUUGGCGGGAGUUUUCGGGGCAAACUUCACCGAAAAGCAAUUGGUAAAAAACGGCCGAUUUUGUGGUUAUUUUCAAGGCAGAUUUCGCUAGAAAUCGAUCGGUUUUGCGCUUGUUAACGUUUUUCAACAACAAUACGCACCAGAAAUGAAGCAAUGGCAAAGCCUUUAACAUCAUGGCUAGUGCCCAGUUUUUCGCAACAUAAUCUGUUUGCACGUUUCAGUGACGAAGUUCCAAGAUAAAUUUGCAAGGUUACGGCAAGUAAAUAGCCCCUAUAGCUGAAAUAAGUUUCAAAUAUGUUGUACAGACAUGUAUUUGAUAAGAUUUCUACCGAAUUUCGCGGUAUUUUUCGUGCUGUUGUGAAUUUCGCGGCUCCGCGACCGCGCGAAAUAUCAGAAGCCCUGUCUUAGAUUGUCGGCGUGACUGAAACGUAACUUUAGAAUGAACUUUAAACGUGCGAUGAAAUAUACUUUCCACGUUCUAUUUCAGCUUGCAAUUUCUGUACUGAAAUAAAUCUCUUCGUGUGUGCUUUCUUUCGAAAUUUUUCCCUAAAUUUUGAAGGGGACAAAUUGUCCCCUUGGCCGUUUAUUAAAGGGACAAUUCCAAUUGCAGUGCGGGAUUGGCGCAAUGGCGCGGCCUGGCUCAAACCCUGAUACUGGUGAUGUUAACUCUGUCUGGAAUGCAGUCGGAAGCACUGAUUGGUUGACAAGAUAAUUUUGCAUAAUUAUACCACGAUUACACCAGCGAAAAAAAUGGUGGCAAGUAGUGAGGUUUUACCUCAGCCUUCUCCCAGCAGCGAUAAAUCCGGAGAAACGUCUGUUUUCACAGGCUAUUUAAAUAAGCAAAGUAUAAAAAUUAAAAAGGAGAAAAAACUGCUCUUAAUUAAAAGUGGUACUGCAAUGCCCUUGGGUAAUGGUGUUUAAGGUGAUUCUGUUUGUUCAAUUUUUGUUGAUCUAGAGCUUUAAAUCUAAAUAAAGCAUGUUUAUAGACAAAUAUCAUGAACAUAUCACUGACAACAAGCAAAGAUAAUUGAAAUCUCAAAACUUAGGAAUCAUGUGCUUGAUAAUUAAUUUUUUGCAAAUUGAAUGGCAUUCCUUUUAACUCCCCCCCCCCCCACCGCCCAAGUUUGCCCAUCCAUACUGCCCCUCCCUCCCUUGGUUUCCCUGUACUGAAUACAGGUAUUUCAAUUGAAAGUGUGUUCUUCUACAGUUGUCAGCUGUUACUUCACUUCAGUCAUUUUUGCAAGUUGGUAAAACCUAACGUCUUUUUAGUAGAGUACUAAUUCAAUGCCUGUUUUGUCUCUUGUCAGCCAUAGUACCUGCUGUCUUGAUUCAUUUCACUGUUUGAAUGUUUGUUAGCCAUGUGAGCAGAGCGCCAAUGCUGUGCACCACCCCUCUCUUCAUUUUCUUUUUGCAAAUCUGAGACAUUCAAACCCAACCACGUUGGCACACAUGCUAAGCUAUUUGAGUAACAAACUUUCACUGCAGUCAAAUCUUGUCUUUUCAGGCGCAUGAAGAUCCCAUGCACGAGUUUAUUCAAGAUAAAAAGAAAGCAGAAAGACAAAGCAGGUCUGUAAUAUUUGAAUCGAAGGUUUGAAACCAAUGAAGAGAUCUAAAUCUGGAUUUCUAAAAACAGUAGUUAACAGAUCUUAUGUAGAAUUUGGUUUGAUAGGUAUUGUAAAGUUAUCUUAGAUCAGCAUUAGAUACAUAUUUUACCCAUGCGCACAGACACCAUAGUGAUAUGCUCCGGGCUUUGAGUCUUUGGUUGUAAGGGUUCUUUUACAGUCACUUCCAACAACUUUCCCUACAGAAUUCCACCUUAUUAGGUCGGAAAAUGAACGGAUUUGGACAGGUGGUCUGUCUCAUAUUCACGAAAUCUCUUGCCUGUUUCCUCACGGGGAAAUAUGUGAAACGUAGGGAAUUGUCUCUGCGCAGGCUGUUGUGGGAAUGAUGAUCUGGCAAAAUUACUAGCUUAAUAGUUAAAGGUUUUCUCUAACUCUUGCAGGAUAGAGCAGCUGAAGGCGUUACUUGAAGAAUCGACAACAAGCGAGAGCGAUUCACAGGAAAGCAGCGAGGAUACAAGUGACGGUCAAGAAAGAAGGAAGAGACGAAAAAGCAAAAAAUCAAAACGUGAAAAGAAAAGGAAAAAGAAACAUAAGCAUAAACAUAGAAAAUCGACGUCGAAGGAUAGUGACAGUGAUUCAAAAACAAAGCGUUCAAGGAAAAAUAGAUAA